AUGAAUGCUGUGCGGAUAAUUCUGAUUGUUUCUGGUUCUCUUGGUCAAACAUUUAUACCUUCCAUUCAUGAUUUGACUCAGAUUGCUUACGUCUAUAUCUUUUGUUUCGAUGUAGAUAAGCACAACAGUUGGACAAAACAAUGGAAUAAAAUCCGUGGUGUCUACAAUAAUGAGAACAGCUUAUCAAGGAAGCUAAAAGAUGAUUUAAGAUCCUUGACUGAAGUUAACUUACCAUUUGGAUUAUUCGAUACCGGCCAACGUUCAUUGAAAGAUUUGAACAAUGAACAAGCUUCUUUCAUGUGGUCUCAAUUAAUCACUGAAGUUCUUUUACGUUUACCACAAUCAUCCGAAGCCAAAGCAGAGAUGAUCGGUGAAUGUCGAUUGAGUUAUAAAGACAAUGAAGUUCAAUUGAAGAACAUUGAAAUAUUUGAGAAGAGUUAUCGAGAAAAUGAAGCAAUUAAAUGGUACACUAAAAAUGGCUUUAUCUUUCAACUAUUUAACAAAGCUUUUCGUCGACAAGAUUUCGAGGUUAUCUUUAAAUAUCGUUAUUUUCUUCUUGAUUUAUUCAAAGAAAUACACUCCUUAUACGUGCAACAGUAUCAAACUGUGCAACAGCAUCUAACCGUUUAUCGUGGACAGAUGAUGUGGAAAAGUGAACUUAUGAAAAUAAAACAAAAUGUUGGUCAUUUAAUAUCCAUCAAUACAUUUUUCUCAACAUCUAUUUCACCAAUUGUUGCAGCGAGUUUCUGCGGUAAUGGUGAGUAUGAAUCUGAAGGAAUCGUCUCAGUCAUGUUUGAAAUUGAACUCGAUGCCAGUACUCCGAGUCGCCCAUUUGCAAGGAUUGAAACGUCAAGUGUGAUUGGAGAUGAGCGCGAAGUUCUUUUUUCUAUGGGUACUGUCUUUCAUGUUGAAAAUGUCGAUCAGGAAACAGAUACAAUCUGGUUGGUGAAAUUAACUUGGAAUCAUCAGACACAAGAAAAACUCAAAGAGAUGAAACAGCUCACUGAUCUGCUAGAUUUUUAUACUGGUCAACGUAUCGGUGAUCAUCCAUCAAUAUUGACGUUUGGUUACUUUCUUUCUAAAAUGGGUCUCUUACGUCAAGCGCUUCGUUUCUAUGUCUAUCUACGUAAAACAUUACCCAAAGACCAUUCAGAUCGAGGAGUUUUACACAAUAAUCUUGGAGAAGUUUUAAGAAAAUUGAACUAUUUCAAUCAGGCACGCUAUCAUUUUGAGAAAUCAUUGGAGCUUUGCGCCGAUACUAUGUCAAUUUAUCAUCCACUCUGGGCUAUUGUACAUAGUAAUAUUGCUCUACUCAAUCUCAACUGUAGAAAGCCGAAGGAAGCUCUAAAAUGUUAUCGUUAUGCCGCAUUUAUACUUUCUCGAUACAUCGCCGACGAUGUAGAGCGCGAUUCUAUCUACAUUGAAGAAGCUUUAGCUGGCAUAUAUCAUGGCAUGGGUGCAGCAUUCAUCUAUCUCGAAGAAUAUCAAAAUGCGACUGUUUGCCAGCAGAAAGCUUUAAAAAUAGAACUACGUAUUUUACCAAAUGACCAUCCGACAUUAGUUGAAUCUUAUCAUGAAUUAGGCAGUUUAUAUAUGAAAUUAAAGAAAUAUUCCGAAGCUUUGAAAAAUUAUGAAACUGCUUUGCAAAUAGCACAAAAGAAUUUACUUGAGAAAGAUCAACGAUAUAUUUGGCUUCAUGUGAAUAUUGCCACUUUAACCUUUUAUAUCGAAGCGGCAUGUUAUCAGGAUUUGAAUGAUAAUAAAAAAGCUCUAUAUCAUUACCAACAUUCAUUGGAUAUUCUGACAGUUGAGAAUAAAGAAGAAAGUAUACAAACUGCGAUUAUUCAUUGUAAUAUUGCUUUGAUUCAUUUCGAACUGGAUGAAUUGAGUCGAGCAGAAGAACAUUUACGUAAAAGUUUGGUCCAAUAUAAAAAGCAAUCAAAACAUCAAUCUGAUCUACUAGAUGUGAAGAUAUAUAUUGCAUUGGUCAAGAUUUACCAACGAUGGGGCAACCGGCACAUGGUGUGUAAUUAUUAUCAAUGCAUCGUCAAUCAAAUGAAAAUCGACAGAGCAGAACCGUCUAUUAUUAAAAAAUUUGAAAAACUUUUACAAAAUGCAAUUGAGAAAAUCAAUGUUGAUUGA